GAAUCAGUGUGUAUGUGUGUGUGUGUGUUUUAGACAAGGGCAAAGCUCAAGAGUGGCAGGAAAUUUUUAAAAUAUUUUCCAAGUAUUCAAUUAAAUACAUAAAAAAUGCACGCAAGAUUUGCGGAACCCGAGCCCGCCUCACCAGACAGUGUGAACAAAAUCGAAACGGAAUCGCUGGAGGCGCGCAUCGAGCAAUUUAAACAGAAUCCCAACAACAUGGCCAUCCUGCACGAGUUCAUCGAUGAGGUGGCCCAACGCGCUGAAACGGAGGCCAAUAAACGUGCGCUCGAGGCGCACAAAUUGCAACAGGGCAAGGAGAAGCGACAGAGUUUCGCCAUACCAGAUUUUAAGAACGGCAAAGUGGUUAACCGUGCCCGCGGCUUUGUGGUGCGCAUCUUCGAUGCCAUCUGCAAUUGUGCCAACAACAAUGCGGCCGCUGCCACGACACGCUUCAAGCUACGCAGCAAUGGUGCCAGCAGCGGAGCAGCUGGUGGCAAGCGUCAACAAUCGCAGGAUGAGCCCGAGACACUGGUGCUCAGCAAGAAGAAGCCAUCGGCGGAUGGCAAAAAGAAGUCCAAGGGCGUAACCAUGGCCGACGAUGUGGAGGCGGGCGUUCGACUGGUGGACUAAGCUCCAACAAUCAAAAGCAAAGUAGUCCAUGUUGAGUUCACGGAACAUAAUCAAAACAAGAAGAUCAAAAUGGAAGUCCACAUCAUUAAUACAAUGCUUAAAUGAACAAUAUAGUUCUAGGCAUUAUAAGCAUAUGAUUGAAAAUUGAGCAAUUACUGUUAAAAAUACGAAUAAUCUAACACUCGACAACAAUUUCAGUGCUGCCAAGAUUAAUUCCUUGUUUGAUAGCUAUUCAAUUUACAUACAACCCUCAACCUGCUGCAGUGCACUAGAACUAAAUAGAACUAAUCUCCCAAUAAUUUGAUCAAAUAUUCAUUUUCGUUGAACUACCUUCACUGCAGCAGUUGAAACUAUUAAUAAGACUAGCAUUUUAUAAAAUAUGUAUUUGCUUUGCUCAACAUGGAAAAUGCACAAUUUAAGUCUUCCCCUCCAUUCGCAAGCUCCCUUCUAGGGCACCGAAACUGUAUCCAAUUCCAAUCAAAAACUAUAAUUGUACAUCUAUAAACACAUUACUUUAUGCUUUGUUAACCUAAAUGUGAUCCAAAAAAAAGCAACAUAAAUAUUAAUUCGACUGCAAAAAGCACAAGCAACUUCUAGAUUAAAAAUUAAAAAAAAAAAUAACAAAAAAUUAUUGAAAACAAAAUUAACUUAUCAAAAGUAUAAAAGAAAGAUCUCAUCUAAAACACUUCCUCUAUCAAAAGUUCACGUACAGCACAAUCAAUGAAAGCAUUAUAUGAUAAACAGAGCCGAAUAAUAAUGUCAGAUCUUUCCCAUUCCACCUAAACUAUAACUAUACAAUUUACACGCGUUUAUAUUUGUAUUGAAACCCGAUUAUAUAGAUGUGUAUAUGAACCUAUUUAGCUGUGUGUGUAGUAGUGAAUGUUCUCAAAAACCAAGAGUCUAAUAUUAUAUAUAUAUACAAGCAAAUAAAUGUGUACUGAUUUUAUAUACAUAUAUAAACUUAUAAACUUAGAUUAAUUUAGUUAUUUACACCGCAAUACCGUACGACUUUCUAUACGUCGCAGAGGUUUCCGCACAACACACUCUAUCUAUAUUUUUGUGAAACCCUUUUUGGAGACUACGUAAAAAAUAAUCUAUACCAAAAACCAAAAA